AUGGCGUAUAACGGGGAUGAGAGGAACCCGAACCAUUGGUGGAAAAUAGAGGAGUUGUCUCCGUCAGCACUGUACUUCGUGGGACCUUGUGAGUUUAUCCGGAAUCGCCGGAGCGGCAGGGUGCUGAAGCACUCGCAUCAGCAGCAGCCGUUCACGGAUUCCGUCAAGCCUGGCAGCCCCGUCGCUACUACCAGUACCAAUAGGAAUCGCGCCUCCGGCUCUCUGCUCACCACCAUGACGACUCCUCACGCUCCUCAAGAGCCCUCUUUGCUCACUGGGAUCAGUGACAACAAAAACGAGUCUUCCAAGGGUGCUGCUGCGUCACAAGCAGCAGCAGUGCCAGUGCAAGAAGUGAAGGCAAGGGACAACGAGGUGAGUGGCGAGGAGAAUCAGUGGCUGCUGGCGGAGGUCAACAAGCUCGAGAUCUUCACGCUACAGAGCCGCCAGGGGGGAGCGUUCCUCGAGAAAACGUGUGGGGCGGAGGUGCGAGGAAGCUUCGGGUGGGUGGAGGCGAGCACGUGCUGUCAGUGGGUCGCCAUCCGUGCGGAUGCUGUUGAUGAUGUGGCCAAGGCAAAAGUGGAUGACGUGGCGGGGUCCACACCGGAGCUUUUCAAUUUGCAUCGGAAGUACAAAGCAUUGCUUCUUGAGGCACCUAAACAAUCAACGCCAGGGCUUGCACCACGUGACAGGGCGUUUGAAGGAGGAUUAGAGUUGACGGACAAGGGAAUUGACGAAGAGCGAUAUUCCACCACGCUCCUGACCGUGCUCCUCCCUUGGAGCUACCUUUGUAACCGAGUCACCGGCAUGGCGCUUGCUGUGGAUGCGAGCGGCAGUGAGGAGGCGCGGGAGUUUGAAGGCGGCAGCCUGCAACAGCAGCAGUGGCGCGCUGUGAGUGUGGGCGUGGUAGCAUUAGCACCAGCCAUGUCCUAUUUUUUCCUCCAAAACCGCGCCUCUGACCAAUGGGAGCUGAGAGACGCGUGUGGAGGGUUCUGGGCGAUCAAGAACCGAGGCAGCGGGAAGGUCCUGGAUAAUUUAUUUGGGAUAAGCAUUCAUGCUUAUAGCGAGGAUGAGCUACAGUACCACAAUCACUGGACGAUCACCCCUGCAGGGACCACAGGUGGGAAGGCGCACUGCGAGCAGGAGGAGGAGAGCGGUGACAAGUGGUGCAAAGCGGUGCAGGGCAGUGGAGAGGGGUAUGCGAGCCUCGCACUUGUGGUGGACCGCCGUGGAGCUACGUGUUUAAACGGGACAGUGGGAAGGCGCCAGCUGUGUGUGAGGAGAGCGUUGAGGCUGUGGAUUAUGAGGGGUUGCUUGGAGCAGCGGUGGCGCGCAGUGAAGACGGAAAAAGGUUACCACGUGUUACAGAACCGAGCCUCUUGGCUGACUCUGGAUCAUUACAGCGGGCGGCGGAUCAGCGCGUAUGAUAACAAUUUCAGCAACGAGUAUCACAAGUGGCAGCUGAAAGACAUAGAGGGAGGCGUGUACGUUGUAUUGAAGAAGAAAAAAAUGGGUAUGGUGCUGGACCAUUACUAUUGGGAGCGGUUGGAAGCGGUGGGAGGCGAUGAGAAGAACAAGGCGCAGCACUGGAGGGUGGUGCCUACCACGCAGAUGGUCCGGGAGGCAUGGGUUCCCAAACUUCUCCUGAAAUCGAAUCUGUGGUUGGAGAUUUGA